AUGGCUCGCAACCCUGACAACAACGGACGACGGCCGCCGCAAUCCAAUGACGAUGAAAAUGACGAAGUAGCUCGCGAUCUUGCUGCUCUCGAAGAACGAUACCCGCGAACAUCAAACAAUCUCUCUCGACCGCGAAAUACAGGCCGCUCUUAUACAGAUCCCAACAACGAUCGCCCGCCGCGUCGAUCUUCAGCCGAUGAUACCAACGUGAGAUCUGGAUCCAGGUCUCGCUCUAGACGACCUGACGAUGGCUCACGUCGAAGACCAAGCCAAGCACAAGAAUUGCGACCAAUUCCUUCGAGAACCGAAUUGUCCACGGAUCUCACGGGCCCUACGGACUAUGCUGACAGAACCGACAAGUCGCUAGUCUCGCCAAUCGACAAAGCUAGCAUCGCGUACAAUGGCAACUCAAGCGCAAAGUCUUCGGUGCGCGCGGAUAUUAAGAAAUUCCUUCGUCAAAGGCGCGAGAAAAAGAUUGGACCAAACGCAAAGCCAACAUGGAAGGAGCGCACGGGCAAACAACUUCGAGAACUUCACCAGAAAGUGAUUAUCGAAACAUUACUACGGCAAAAACCGCUUCAACCUUUACCGGACGGUCGUCAUAUACCUCUAGACCCUACGCAUCGCAAUUCCCAAGGUCUUAUCGAUGAGCGCUCGGGAAAGCCUUACACUAGCAACUUUAUCCGAUCGAGUCGUUAUACCGUUUAUGACUUCAUACCAAAACAGCUUAUCUACCAAUUCAGCAAACUUGGAAACUUUUACUUCCUUGUGGUUGGUACCAUUCAGAUGAUCCCUGGUCUGAGUACCGUCGGACGAUGGACUACAAUUGCGCCUCUGGGUGUGUUUGUCGCAUUCAGUAUGGCCAAGGAGGGUUAUGACGAUUAUAGGCGUUACAGGCUGGAUCGCCUGGAAAACCGCAGUGAGGCUUGGAUCUUGUCGGAUCGAGCCGCAGCCACCGAAAAGAGCCGCAUACGACAUACCGAGAAAAUGAAGAGGAGGAAGGAAAAGGGAUCGGAGAAUGGCGAAGAACACAUGAUGGACGACCUCGAAACGGGAACUACUGGUGCGAAAAAGGUUGGAAGCGAAGGAGAUUGGACUUCAGUUCAAUGGCAGAAUGUUCGCGUUGGUGAUGUUAUUCGGUUGCGCCGUGACGACCCUGUCCCUGCGGACAUUGUACUUUUGCACGCCACAGGUCCCAAUGGUAUCGCUUACAUCGACACAAUGGCUCUUGAUGGCGAAACGAACCUCAAGAGUAAACAGGCUUGUCCUUUGCUUGCUGAGCGAUGUCACACCAUGGAGGGAUUACGAGCGACACAAGCUACCGUCAUUUCUGAAAACCCCAAUUUGGAUCUCUACAGCUACGAUGGUCGAGUCACUGUCAAUGGCGAAACUCUGCCUCUGUCCAUGAACAAUGUUGUCUACCGAGGCUCUACUCUUAGAAAUACGGCAGAAGCGCUCGGUAUCGUUGUGAACACAGGAGAAGAGUGCAAGAUCCGCAUGAACGCCAACAAGAACGUUCGCGCCAAGAAACCUGCCAUGCAAUCAGUUAUUAACAGGAUGAUCAUGGUACAGAUCUUCAUUGUUCUCAUGCUGACCAUGGGUUUGACUAUUGGUUAUUACUUAUGGCGAGACCGUACCGAGGAUUUUGCCUGGUACAUAAGACGUCGCGGCUUCUGGGACGGAGGUAUUCCCUUCAAGGAGAUUUUCUUCGGCUUCAUCAUCAUGUUUAACACACUGAUCCCACUGUCGCUGUACAUCAGUCUUGAAAUUAUCAAAUUGGGACAGCUGUAUCUUCUGCAGGAUGCGGAUAUGUAUGAUCCUAUAUCUGAUACGCCCAUGGUCGCCAACACGACUACUAUUCUUGAGAACCUGGGACAGGUCAGCUAUGUCUUUUCUGACAAGACUGGAACGCUUACAGAGAACAUCAUGCGCUUCCGCAAAUUGUCGGUCGCCGGUGUUGCCUGUUUGCAUGACAUGGACAUGCAGAGGGACCAGGCGGAGAUGGAUAGGCGGAUAGCAGAGUCCGAGCGACCAAAGAAAGGAAAGUCCAAGAUGGCAAGUUUGUCAGCGACAAGGAGCGCGGUACCUACUAUCACUGUUGAUGGACAAUUCGAUGAUGGUGCUAGCGGAUCGAGACCACAGCCUGUUAGAACCAUGUCGACAAGAUCACAGAGCCAUUGGCAGUCGUCUGUCAACACCCCAGACAGUACCGACAUGAAGACUGAACAAUUGCUCGACUAUAUUCAGAGAAAGCCCAAUACCCCAUUUUCACGAAGAGCCAAGCACUUUCUGCUGUGUAUCGCUCUCUGUCACACCUGUUUACCAGAAAAGUCAGAAGAGGGCGACCUCACGUUCCAAGCUGCUUCUCCCGAUGAACUAGCUCUUGUGGAAGCAGCCAGAGACCUUGGGUUCUUGGUGAUUGACCGACCUGCCCAAGCUAUCAAGCUGGAAACUCGCGACAUCGAUGGCUCUCCUCAUACUGAACUCUAUCAGGUAUUGGAUGUUAUCGAAUUCAGCAGCAAGAGAAAGAGAAUGUCCAUCAUCAUUCGCAUGCCUGAUGGACGCAUUUGCGUCUUUUGCAAGGGAGCCGAUAAUGUUAUCAUGCAGCGUUUGAAGCUAAGCAACCUUGCCGAGGAGACAGCAAAGGACAUCGGCCGUCGCUCGAGUCUGAAAAAGGUUUCUCGCCAGGAUCAGGCCUUACGAAGGAUGAGCACGCAGCAAAGUAUCAGUCCUUAUGGUAGCCCCCAUGGAAGCCCCCGCAACAGUUUUGGCUUCUCCAGAGCUGAAUCAUCAUCCAACCGGGAAGGACUCAGAAUGAGCCUGGGACGUCGGUCUACCGACCUUAAGCGCUUAUCCCAACAGCUCUCUCGUUCACCUCGUGCCUCCACAGAUAUGAUGAGCCCGAUAAGUCCUAGGCAGAGUCUUGGUCGCAUGCCGUCAUUUGAAGAUACCGAUAGCAAGAUUGACGAGUCCCUGGCGUCAAACGAGGGAGCUAUCUUCGAGAAGUGUUUCCAGCAUGUUGACGAUUUCGCCAGCGAAGGUCUCCGUACUCUCCUGUAUGCUUACCGUUAUAUUGACGAGGACUCUUACCUCCAAUGGAAGGAAAAGUACAGAGAGGCUGAGACAAGCUUGGUUGAUCGUCAGGAGAAAAUGGAAGCCGCUGGAGAGCUUAUCGAACAAAAGUUUGAGCUUGCUGGUGCGACCGCAAUUGAGGACAAACUCCAAACAGGAGUCCCAGAUACCAUCGACAAGCUACGCCGGGCCAACAUCAAAGUAUGGAUGCUUACUGGUGAUAAGCGAGAGACCGCUAUCAACAUCGGUCAUUCUGCUCGUGUGUGCAAGCCAUGGUCUGAGGUUUAUGUGCUGGAUGCGACUCUCGGCGAACUGAAGGAGACCAUUACUAUGACUCUCAACGAUGUUAGUCGUGGUAUGGUUCCUCACUCUGUCGUUGUCGUCGACGGCCAAACACUUGCCAAGAUUGACGAAGAUGACGAGCUUUCUCUCCUCUUCUACGACCUUGUCGUGCGUGUCGACUCUGUCAUUUGCUGUCGAGCUUCUCCUUCGCAAAAGACAAACCUGGUCCGCUCCAUUCGACGAUAUGUGCCCAAGAGUAUGACCCUGGCAAUUGGCGAUGGCGCAAACGACAUUGGCAUGAUUCAAGCUUCCCAUGUUGGUAUUGGUAUUUCUGGUCGCGAAGGUUUGCAGGCUGCUCGAAUUUCGGAUUAUUCGAUCGCACAGUUCCGCUUCCUGCAAAAACUACUCUUCGUCCAUGGUCGAUGGAAUUACAUGAGAACUGGAAAAUAUGUCCUCGCCACUUUCUGGAAGGAAAUCCUGUUCUUUAUCGUGCAAGCACACUACCAACGCUACACGGGAUACUCUGGAACGUCGCUGUACGAGUCGUGGAGUUUGACUGUGUUCAAUAGUGCUUUUACAUCACUCCCUGUUAUUCUGCUUGGUAUUUUCGAGCAGGAUCUGAAGAGUAAGACGCUAAUGAAAGUGCCCGAGCUCUAUACCUUUGGUCAGAUGAACCUUGGAUUCCGAUUCUCACAGUAUUUUGCAUGGAUGGUUAUGGGUGUUGUGGGCAGUUUUAUUAUCUGGUACUUUACAUGGUGUGUCUACGACAAGGCAGGUUACGACCAGGACACAAGCAUAUUCGCUAUGGGUAUGGUCAGUUUCACUGUCGCUGUUAUUUUCAUCAACAUCAAACUCCUAAUCCUUGAAGUGCACACCAAGACAUGGAUCACAUUUGGUGGCUGUCUGAUCUCUGUUGCUGGUUGGUUCCUGUGGAUGCUUGCUCUUAGCGGUAUUAAGCCCACUAGCUUUGGACCAUACAUCGUCAGAAACGCUUUCAUUGACAACUAUGGCCGCAGACUUGUAUGGUGGACUACUGUGUUGCUGGAGCUUAUCGUGCUCAUCGUCAUUGAACUGGUGGUUCAGGCUAUUCGACGAGUCUACUUCCCUAGCGAUCAAGAUUUGAUGCAACGUAUUGAGAAGGAUGGUAACGUGGAUAGGGUCUUUGGCGAUGGAAAAGAUGUUGAAGAAGGAGACGCAGAUGCAGAAGAGGGAGUUAUGUCAGAGCCAGCACCCGAAGGUGAAAGAGUACGAGAGAGAAAGGCAGGCCACGAUGAUUACCAGCCCGCGUUCCCUGGGACGGCAGAGGAAAAGAGGGAUAACCCGAUGGAACAAUGGCGGCGUUGA